AUGAAGACCCCAAGAGCUACAUGUGAUAUUGCAACGAUCAAGCCCACUGUGGAGAACGUUAUAGCGUAUGUUGAGUACAAAAAGACACAGCCUCGACUUAUCUCAGGCUUACAAGGUAACGAACACGAUGUACUUCUUCUCGGUGGGGGUAGAGACCUUAUUUUGAGCCUAUUGACAGGAAAUGAAUCCCAAAAAUUAGAAAAUGUGGAACUUUUCAUACUGAAUACAAACGUAAUAUUGUGGUUUAAUAUAUUAGGGCACGGUUUACAAAUUCCCUAUUCAAGCAUACUAUACCAUGGUUCGAGGUCACUGACGAACGAGAAUGAAGGCCAUAGACUAGAAGUACUUUUAACGUUAGAAGUAGAUCCAACAUUGUCCCAAUUUUUCCCCCAUGAAAACUUCGAAGCAAACACAAAUGUCAUGAAGAGUGUCGAAAUAACUUUACGCCCAAAAUAUUCCAUGUACGAUAGACAUUAUAACAGCGAAAUUGAAAAUUUGUUCACUUUCAUGAAUUUUGGAACAAACAGAGGUGAUGAGCUGGUCAAAAAUUGUAAUAAUGCCCUAGCAAUGGCCAUGGAACUGCAUAGUAACGACGAUGACGAAGAAGAUGAGGACGAAAACGAGGAUAUGCAAGGCAUAGACGAUGAUAAUGCUGUGUUUACCGGUUUAAGUGAGAUUUUGAAGAACCAGAAUGCAACUUUCCAAAAUAUAGGUUCAGCUGACGAUUUGGAUGGUGAUUCUUUCAUGAAUCAGCUCAUCACCAGAGAUGAAACAGACGCAGGCAUGUCAUUAGAAUUUUACACAAACCAGAACAUCACUGGCCAAAAGCAUUUCAGAAACACAUAA